CAGAACUGCAAAGACAAGUUUACAGACUCAUUCUAAGCAUCCUGCAUGGCACAAUCUGAAUCCCUCUCUGCAGAAAUUGAGACACUGAGCCAGGUCUUGAGUCUGGUGGAGGCAUUUAGAGCUUUUGACUCGGAUAAUGAUGGCUUCAUUACGGUAGCUGAGCUUGGUGGAAUCCUGGGGUCACUCGGUUACAACGCUAGCGAACAAGAUGUGAGGGCAAUGAUGCAGCAAGGAGACACAAACAAAGAUGGUUUGCUAAGCAUACAAGAGUUCUUAGAGAUGUACACCAAGGAUAUGGAACUUGGUGAACUUGCAAACUCUCUGAAGCUCUCAACAGUCAACACUGAUGGUGAUGAGGCUGUGACUGCAGACGAGUUAUAUGAAGUUACAAGGAAUAAUGGGGGAUUAGAAUUGUCUUUCGAGGAUUGCCAGAAUAUUAUUGCUUCUAUGGAUGGGGAUGGAGAUGGCGUUGUUAGUCUUCAAGACUUCAAUCUUAUAGUCAAUUCUCUCAUCUAGUUUCCAUUCCAAGUCUUAGUGUCUACUACUAAUUAAUAAUUACAAUCUGCGCUGCAAUGGGACUUUAAUUAAUAAAAUUUCUGAGAGAAAUAAGCAUGUACUAAUUUCUAAAUAAAUAAGCUCUACUUGUUCGUCCCUUUUGUUGCUUUAUCUGUGAUUAAUUGUUCAGGUUUGUAUUGCCUUCCUCAUGUUAGCUCAAAAUAACUAGUAAGCCUUCUUGUUUCAAAUCGAAUUAAAACAAUAUUUUAUUUUAAUUAUUGAGUUUUGAUUUAAUUUUCAGUUAGUCAAUGAAUUAUUAGAAGUUAAUCAACAAAAAUAAUUUUUUUUUUAUACCUUCUAGAAUGAUUGCAAGGGAGGAAAAUAUAUACUCAUGAGAUUCAAUUUUUUCUUUUAAAAGGUUAAAAUCAAUGACUUUAUAUAUUGUAUAUUUGCUUGAUAUGGAAAAGUUUUAUGUAUUAUAUUAUAGCAAUUCUGAUUAUUAAUGAAGUUGAUCUUUUAUAGUAUUAAUUGUUUGUUUGUGCGAAAUUUAUAGUUAAUGAACUAUAUGUUGGGAGUAUUCAUCCAUUCUUUAAAAUCAAGAUCAGCCAAACUCUACUUCUAAGUCUACGUUACUUUCUCUAGAUAGUUUAUUUUGUUUGUGCUUUAAGCCUUAUAUUUGGACUGUAUUUGUUGGACCUUUUAUUAGGCGCUUUUUGGGCCUCGAAGAGGUUGAUGGAAAUAUCCUAUCUUUCGAUAUAAUAUCUACUACUGUUAGAAAUGCGAUUCUUUGUGCAAACGACAUGUCGUUUUGCUUCCUCGAUAAAACGUGGCAGAUACUGAUUUCACUUUGCGUGGUGGUUACUGGUCACUAUUUGUUUUCUCCCUUGACGCAUCAAAGAAUAAAAGGGUUAGGCUGGAUCCUUAAAAAAAAAAAAAAAAAAAGGUCAAAAGGAUGGCAAACCAAGGCAGCGGCAGAGGCAGUUCGAGGCAUGAGCCAAGUUGGAAUUUCAGCUACCAGUCUGGUUUAUCGCCGGAUGGGAGUUGGACUUACAAUUGGGCUGCAGGUUCAGGUCCUGGUGGAAGCACUUUUAGCUUUGGAUCAGGUGCUGGUUGGAGGCCUGAUGGUGCAACUGUAGGGUUUGGUUUCGGAUGGGGCGGAUCUAGCAGUGCAGGUUAUGGAUUUUACGGAGGCAGCAGUGGAUUUGGAUUUGGUGGAGGCAGUGGUGGUUUCAAUUUUCAUCAUAAUUUUGGUGGCGCCCAAGGUCAACGCACAUCUGGCCAACCCAGAACCGACGGGACUCGCAAUCGACUGGGUGGGAACAAUUGAUUACAACUCUGUAUGAUUGUAGUUCUUUUAUUAAGGGAUAGAUGUGAGGGUUGAACUUGACCACCUGCUCUAUGAUGUAUUGUAGAUGAUUGUGUAUGCAUAUUUACUAAUUUCUGUGUUUGUAUAAUGUAAGAAAUUUGGUUAUGAUUGCAAUCAAAAGAAAUACAGAUUAUCCUGA